AUGGAAAGAUUAGAGCAUGUCAGGACGGCUGAGGCCGAUCGGACGAGCGGCGCCGCGGCGUCACCGGCACUCGACCGGGGCGGCAUCGAGGCGGCACGGGUGAUGCCGACCCUCCCGAGAUCGGGUGCGGGCCUGAACGGCGACGGUGCGUCCCAACGAUACGGGACUAAUGGUCACCGGCGCCUCGGCAAGACGAUUAUGGUCAUGACGCACGAGCCGGAACUGGACCUGCCCCGCCGCUGGCCUUGUCUCCUGGCGCAGAGGCGGCAAGCGGAUUGGCCAGGACAUAACAGCUGCGACCACCCCAACGCGCAGCACGGGCCAUCGCGCAACAUGGGGCCCAUGUAAACAAGGGGGCAGGAUACCUACCUAGGACCAACCGGGCAGCCUAGCGCCACAGGCCGCUUCCACUCUGGAAGGGGCCCGGCAUGAGGACCUGGGCAGGCGGCGGUGAGGAGCAAA